ACCAAGUCCCCCCUUCUUGACCGCGUCUUUUCAUUAUUUUUUGCCUGCUCCACAGUCCGGUGACCGCUACGGGACCCUUCGAAUUGCAAUCUCAAACUCUGUUGAUCUUGUGCAAUUCGACAUUUCAUACCAACGAUCUCGAAUCUUCCUCGAGUCCAAGGCCCGACAGCAGCAACAAUGGCCUCCGCAGAACUCUCCAAGAAGCGCAAGCGCGCCGAGCCCACGGCCGACGCCGCGGCCGUCGCAGACGAGUCCUCGACGAAGAAGUCCAAAUCCGAAAAAAAGGAGAAGAAGGUAAAGAAAGAAAAGAAGGCUGCCGCCGCCGCCGCCGAAUCCGCACCCGAAGGCAGAGAGUUCAUCGCCCUCGAAGAAUCAAAGGCCGAAAAGAAGGAGCGCAAGCGCAAGGAAAAGGAAGCGCGCAAAGCCGCCGAGGCCGCCGCCGUAGAGGACGCACCAGCAGACGCCGACGCAAUGGACGUCGACCCGCCCGCGCAAGAGAAGAAGGCCAAGAAGAGCAAGAAGGAGGAUUUGGACGUCAAGACGGAGAAGAAGGAGAAAAAGGACAAAAAGGACAAGAAGGAGAAGAAGGAUAAGAAGAAGAAGAAGGAGGCCGAGGCCGAGACUGAGGCCAAUGGCGUAGAGACUCCUGCCGCCGAGGAGAAGACGGAGAAGAAGGACAAAAAGUCAAAGAAGGCGAAGAAGGCAAAGGACGAGGCUGCGGCGGCACCCGUCGAAGAAGCGGCGGCUGAGCCAGCAGCUCAAGAAGAAGAGACCGCCGAGGGAGGAAAGAGGGAAAAGUACAUUGUCUUCGUCGGAAACCUCCCCUACACAGCAAACAAGGACUCCAUCAACGCCCACUUCGCAGCCUACAAGCCCUCCGCCAUCCGCUGCCUCCACAAGGACGGCAACCCCAACGUCUGCCGCGGCAUCGCCUUCCUCGAGUUCUCCAACGGCUCCAACAUGCGCACCUGCCUCGACAAGAUGCACCACACCUCGUUCGACGACGGCCUCUCGCCCGCGCGCCAGAUCAACCUCGAGCUUUCCGCCGGCGGCGGAGGCAAGAGCAAGUUCCGCAAGGACAAGAUCAAGGAGCGCAACGCCCAGCUCGACGAGAACCGCCACAGGCGCAUGCAAAAGGAGGAGGAGUACAAGAAGGAGAGGGCCAAGCAGGGCGGGGCCAACUCCCAGCAGGAUAGCAUCCACCCCAGUCGCUUGGCCAUGAUGUAUCAGUAGACGGACGGAUGGACGAACGGGCAUGUAUAUUGGAAAGGUGUAAUUUGGUCGUUGUUGGACUGAUGAACAAAAAAGCUCGAUCUGGAUAUUUAUACACCGCUGGAUCAAGGAACCAGGAGUUGUGGUAUAGAAAAAAGGG